CCGGCCCUCGUCUUUUAGAGCUCAAGCUAGGGUUUUCUUUAUCGCGUUCAUCGGGAGGGGCUUCUGCCGGAACCGAGAGAGGAGAAAAGGAAACCGGCUACAAGGGAGAAGCAGCAAUGGCGUCGACCAAAGUCCAACGGAUUAUGACCCAACCGAUCAAUCUAAUUUUCAGGUUCCUCCAAAGCAAAGCUCGCAUUCAGAUAUGGCUCUUUGAGCAGAAGGAUUUGAGGAUCGAGGGGCGUAUUAUUGGUUUUGAUGAAUACAUGAAUUUGGUCCUGGAAGAAGCUGAGGAACUAAAUGUGAAGAAGAAAACCAGAAAGCCAUUGGGGAGGAUUCUGUUGAAAGGAGACAACAUAACGCUGAUGAUGAGCACGGGUAAAUGAAAUCCUGAAGUUACUUGGCUUCGGCUGCAUCCAGCAGUACUAACUUCUCCUUUUCGCGGCAGUUGUAGCUGUUGUGACAUUUGUAUUGGCAAAUUGUCUGUCGUUCGAACUGAGUGUUCAAGACGAGAAGAAGUUUCUCUAGAAUUGUCUGUGUUUUAAUUUGUGCAACUACAGUUCAACAAGGAUAUGUGUUAAAUGCCUGUGUCAUCAAGGCAUAAAUUAGCAUCAGUAGUCAGUUUGAAGUGUCCCAGGGUUAAACCAUGCAGGCUUGAAAAGGAUCACUGUUUCUUAUGAGAUUGCAUCAUAGCAUUCUUAUCCAA